AUGGCGAAGAGCCCUGGCGAGAACGGGCCGCGGUCGCCCGCGGCCGGGGGCAGCCUGUCGGGGACCCGCGAGAACCUGGCCCCGGGCCCCGACGCGGCCGCCACCGACGAGCUCAGCUCCCUCGGCUCCGACUCGGAGGCCAACGGCUUCGCUGAGCGCCGCAUCGACAAGUUCGGCUUCAUCGUGGGCGCGCAGGGCGCCGAGGGCGCGCUGGAGGAAGUCCCUCUGGAGGUGCUGAGGCAGAGGGAGUCCAAGUGGCUGGACAUGCUCAACAACUGGGACAAGUGGAUGGCCAAGAAGCACAAAAAGAUCCGUCUGCGGUGCCAGAAGGGCAUCCCCCCUUCUCUGCGGGGCCGUGCUUGGCAGUACCUGUCCGGAGGCAAGGUGAAGCUACAGCAGAACCCUGGGAAGUUUGACGAGCUGGAUAUGUCCCCUGGGGACUCCAAGUGGCUGGACGUGAUCGAGCGUGACCUGCACCGACAGUUCCCUUUCCACGAGAUGUUUGUGUCCCGGGGAGGGCACGGUCAGCAGGACCUGUUCCGUGUGCUGAAGGCCUACACGCUGUACCGACCUGAGGAGGGCUACUGCCAGGCCCAGGCCCCCAUUGCCGCUGUCCUGCUCAUGCACAUGCCUGCUGAGCAAGCAUUCUGGUGCCUGGUGCAGAUCUGUGAGAAGUACCUUCCCGGCUACUACAGCGAGAAACUGGAGGCAAUCCAGCUGGAUGGGGAGAUCCUCUUCUCGCUGCUGCAGAAGGUGUCGCCUGUGGCCCAUAAGCACCUCAGCCGGCAGAAGAUCGACCCCCUGCUCUACAUGACAGAGUGGUUCAUGUGUGCCUUCGCCCGCACCCUGCCCUGGAGCUCUGUGCUGCGCGUCUGGGACAUGUUCUUCUGCGAAGGAGUCAAGAUCAUCUUUCGGGUGGGCCUGGUGCUGCUGAAGCACGCGCUGGGAUCCCCGGAGAAGCUCAAGGCCUGCCAGGGCCAGUACGAGACUAUCGAGCGGCUGCGAAGCCUCAGCCCCAAGAUCAUGCAGGAGGCCUUCCUGGUCCAGGAGGUGAUCGAGUUGCCAGUGACGGAGCGCCAGAUUGAGCGUGAGCACCUCAUCCAACUGCGGCGCUGGCAGGAGACGCGUGGUGAACUGCAGUGCUGCUCGCCACCCAGACUGCAUGGUGCCAAGGCCAUCCUGGAGGCAGAACCAGGCCGGCCCACCCUGCAGCCAUCACCGUCCAUCCGUCUGCCCCCGGACGCCCCGCUCCCUGGCUCCAAAAGCAAGCCCAAGCCGCCCAAGCAGGUUCCGAAGGAGCAGCAGAAGCAGCAGAAGGCGAGUGGGCAGCUGGACAAGACCCCAACGCCAGGGCAAGCCAAGGUGGCGAUUGCUGGCGGAGAUGCAUGUCCUCCACAGGAAGUGCCCCCAAAGGACCCAGUCCACCAGGACCCAGCCCCUCAGGACUCAGCUCCCCCGGUUUCAGCCCACCACUGCUCCCAGGAGAGCCUGGUGUCCCAGGAGAGUGAGGACACCUACUUGUAA